AUGGCUGCUUUCAACUCCGGAAAAUAUGGGCUAGCUCAGCCAAACCCCGGUUGUAGCAAGUCGGUUAUACAAGUCAAAUUAACAGACUCUAUGUUGCUCGCUAUUGAGAGUCAGCUUAAAGGUGGAUCCUCGAUGAGACCACAAAUGCAAGUGACCGAAAACGGCCGCCAGGGUCAUAUAUCUUUCGGUGAUCAAAAAUUCACCUUCACCGUUUCGGACAUCGAAGGCAGCGCGUCGACGGAAUGCGUCAAACAAAGUCCGGGCCAACAGCUACACAAUGUGGCCCACAUAGGGCAAAAAAUGGACCUUCAAGACAGCGAAGACGCGUACGAGAAAGCCAAGCAAUGGCUGAUGGCUAGACAAAAAGAUAAAUCUGCCAAAAUCCCGGUGGCCAAGCCCGACGAAAGGAUCAACCGUGAAAUAAUGAAGCGGAGUAUUAGGGAAAGAUUAAUCCAUCUACUAGCAGUAAAGGUGUGUAAAAAGGCAGAGCUGGUUGCAAAAUUGACCGCCGAAGGCAUUCGCGAGGAAGAACAAAAGUGCAUAACACAAGUACUGAAUGACAUCACCACUUUCUGUGGUCAAGUUUACGUACUGCGGCGGCACAUUUGGAAGGAGGUGAAGGAAGACUGGCCGUUCUAUUCCGAACAGGAGCGGCAAGCGAUGAAAAAGCGUAAACCGCGUUCCGACACAGGUUCAUCCACCUCCAAACAGAGUUCGGCCAACAACAACAACUUGCCAAUCGGUGGCAAAAGACGGCUUGAUAGCGAUGACGUUGAUAUUAUGCCUAAGGCUAAGGAACCGCGGUUGGCUGAUCACAGUCGGAAGAACGACGAUGGCGAACACCAAGAAUACCUUCGACUGCACGAGGCCAUCCAACAAAGAGCCGAAAAAUUCGCCCAACUCGAGGAAGAGCUUAUUCGACAGCGGGAGCGAUAUAAGGAAAUCGAAAAAACUAUCCUUGAGGAAUACAAUAGUGCCGAAUUUCUCGAGAAAAAAGCCAGAUAUGCGUAUCUACGUAAGAAGCUGUCUUCCAUCGACAAUGCACGAUUAUGA